UACUCAACUAAUUUGGGCAGCAUUAUUCGGAAAUCUUCAAUUCUUCAACUGCAAACCAAACACCGAUAAAAGAUCAUCUUAACAUGCUCAUUUAAAAAAAAAAAUAUUGUAUCAUAAUGUGCAACAGCGAUAUGUAAAAGUGUUAAUUCUGAUCCAAAUGAUGUGCAAAGGUUGUGUUCAAGUGACAUCUGGUUACUGACUCAAGUACAACGGUUAAACAUUGUUUGCCUGAGCUUGAGAACACAGGUUUCCCACGUUGUCUCGUACAUUCAAAUAUGGCUUUUGGAGACGUUCUAAAGACCAUCGGAGAAUUUGGAAUUUUUCAAAAACUUAUUCUUUUUGGGUUAACUUUUCCGAAUGUAAUACUGCCUUUGUCUUUUUGUAGUUUUCUUUUCAUACAGUCGGAUCCAGAACGACGUUGUAACACAGACUGGAUUCUCAAGGUUGCUCCCAACUUGACGUCGGAUGAGCAGUUGAACUUGACUGUUCCUCUGGAGCGGAACGGUUCCUUCAGCCGGUGCUUUAUGUUUGUCCCGGUGGACUGGGACAUAGGAACGAUUCGGGAGAAUGGACUCAAUGAGACUACGGUGUGCCAGAAUGGUUGGAAGUACUACGACACCAUGUACGAGUCCACCAUUGUUACUGAUUUUGAUCUUGUCUGUGACAGAUCCAACUUGCUUGAUGUCGUGCAGACGACCUUCAUGGGUGGAAUUCUCUUAGGUUCCGUCAUUUUUGGUCCUAUCGCUGAAUCAUGUGGUCGCCAGAAAUCGACGCAGAUUCCAGCCGUGCUCCUGUUAAUAUUCACCGUUGUGGGUGGCGCGUCUCCAAAUUUCUACCUCUACGUUGUAGCACAGUUCCUGGCUGGAGCGGCUCUUGCGGGUUAUAGAAUGAACUCCACUGUAUUAGCGACGGAGUGGAUAGGAAUUACCAAACGGUCCUUUGCUUCCUGUUUGAGCCAACUGUUUGCCGCACUGGGACAAUGUGUCAUAGCCGGACUGAUUUAUGUGAUUCGGGAUUGGAGGCUUGCGCAAUAUGUGGCGGCGGCGAUGCAGUCCGUUGUUGUCGUCUACAUCUGGUGGAUUCCUGAAUCUGCGCGGUGGUUGUUGGGUCGAGGAAGGCAUCAGGAAGCAAAGAGGUUGAUAAGGAAAGUUGCAUUAAUAAAUAAACAGGAAGUGUCAGAGAACACACUGGAUUGUUUGGGAUAUGAGGAAGGUGAAAUCCAAUCUGGGGCAAUGGCAAUUUUUGCCUCAACAAUCUUACAGAAAUAUUUGAUAAUUAUGUGUUUUGCCUGGUUUUCCCUCAAUUUAGGCUACUUCUCACUUAUUUUUAACGUGGGUAAGUUUGGUUUGAACAUCUUCCUGGUUCAAUUCAUCUUCGGAGUCACAGAAAUACCCGCACAUCUUCUCUGCAUCUGGCUUUUGGAAUUAUUGGGGAGAAAGAUUUCCCUGAUUUUAACACUUCUAUCUGGCGGGGUUGUUUGCCUUUUAACACUGGCUUUCUCACAAGAUAAUGCUCUUGCUAUUGUGACCUUGGUAACCAUAGGGAAGUUCUUGCUGAACGGUGCUGGUUCCGUAUGUAUGGUCUACUCUCAGGAACUGUUUCCCACUUCGGCCAGGCAAACGGCUGUCGGUCUGGGCUCCAUUUCUAUGAGAGGAGCCGGCUUGCUCGCGCCACUGGUCAACAUGUUGGCCGUUUACAACUGGUUCUUACCCAUCAUCGUGUUCAGCAGCCUUGUGGUGUUUAGUGGAGCUCUGGUUUUCUUCCUUCCUGAAACCAGGAGUAUAGAACUGCCAGAUUCCACAAGUGAUAUUCAGGGCAAAAGAAAUAUGAUCAUCACCAAAACAGAAAGUGACUCCAAGCAAACUGAACACAACAGCAGAAAAGCAACCAAACUUUAGUUUAUGUGGUUUGUCUCCAGCAGGGGUGUCCAAACUUUGUACAAGCUAAUUUUCCAAAAAUAACAACUUUAUUUUGUUUGGGUUUCUCUGAAUAUUAUGACUAUAAUU